UGCCGCGUGAUCGUGUGUAUGUCGCGUCGCACUCGUCCUGAGUAGAGUCGCGGGGACGCACGUGCGAUGCACAAACUUUUGUACGAGCGUGCGCUCGCAAAUGUGCGAAAUACGAAUACACGCUUGUAACGGUUGUGCAUCUCGGCACAGUAGAUGAUGAGAUAUUCACGAAGAUCGGCAAAUGUUUAGGCGUGUGUGUGUGUGCGUGCGCGCGGACCGAAUCAGUGCUCGUUGUGAUUAUAGCUUUUUCGCAAAACGACGAGUUUUACGCGACGUGACGUGACCGACGAGUGGUUGAGAAACGGCAUGGUAGUGACCUAUCGCAUGACACAUGUUUAGUGACGGAACGUCGACGAACUUCUUCUCGCAAUCGCAGUUUUAAUGUUACGUGACUUUAAAGCGAGCUCAAGUGGAUUAAUUGAGACAUUCGGAUAGAUAAAAUGUGUAAAAGAUCUCAUUAGUCGGAACAAUGACUGAUAUGACAGCUGAAGAUAAAAGCGCGUUAAGGACUGGAACGAGCCGAUAGAAAACAGACGAGAUGAAUCCCUCGCCCACAGCUAAUCGGAGUUUCCUGCAUAGCCACAAGGCUGCACUAAUCUCUGACAAAGUUGUCUACGCUACUCUCGAUAGUUUGGCUCUGAAACGAACGAGAUUGCCCCUACAGUUACUUCCAGCAGCCACCGACUAUGUGGAAAAGACCGAGAAAGCGGACAAAGAGAAGAGGUCCGCAGGUGGGAAAACUUCACUCAAACACUCGACUUCCAAGGUGAAAUCCGGAGCGAGUCACCAAUGGAAAAGUUACUCCAAAUAUCUGAUCUUCUCCGCGAAAUCGGAGAACCAGUCAACUCGUUUCGUCGCAAUACCAAAUUCCGGAACUGAGCGCGAUAUCGAGAACGCUAGACAAGAAGAAAUCUGCGCGCAGGCAAAAACAACAAAGUACAUAGAAAAUUCCGUAGAAAUCGCUCCAAGUUCAUCCAUCAAGAAAGAAUCUCGUAUGCAAGACUUUCCAAACGACGACAGUCGUAACUUGACACAUCCACAAAUGGAGGAGAGUUAUCACGAUGACGUUGACGUUGUUGAGGAUCAACGCGAGAAAGGGGAAUGCUCUAUUGAGAGAAAAGACUCCAGUUCUUCUAGUGAUUACGAGAAGAUGAAUAUAAUAGACUGCAAAGUGGCCAAAGUUUCAAGGAUAACUCCCGAAUACUUAACACGUAUCAACAAGAUCGAAGAAGUUAUUCCAGCUAUAUCGAACAUAACUGUGAAAUCCAAGUCUGUAAACGACUUAGCGACGGAAGAGCCUACGUACGAAAGCGUGUACGUGAAAUAUUCAAAACAGGACACGGAAUCUGUCACGAGCGACGAAAACGAUGCGUCGUCGCGACAGAAAAAGAAGAAGCAGAAGCGCUUUACCAAAAACGUCCUUCACUAUGUUCCGCGACACUUGGUGAAGCAGCCGAAGAAGAAGAAGAAGUUGAAGAAGAAGUACGCACUCAGCAGUUCACUGAGUUCCCUGAGAUCGUUGUACGCGGCGCCCUCGAAGACUGUCCAGGACUCCUGCAGCACCACGGGUCUGUCCAGGGAGGUGACGAUCUCGCUGCCGACCAACUUUGUUCACGUGGCAUCCGCCACGAACCCCAGCCUGGUCUCGAACGAGAACACUGACAAGUCCGUCGUCGUGAUUACUCAUCAGCAAAUAUGCGCAACGUUGCCUUUACUUGUUGGAAAGGACGAACGACGCGCGUCGGUUGGAAAUGAGAACGCCAAGCGAUCCAAGGUCGACGCAGGAAUGUCCCCCGUGGACGUGGACAGGAACUCCAGCCAAACCGCGGGAGAACCGAUCGACAAAAGCGUCGCGGGUAAGCUCUCUCGAAACGUCACCAGAUUUCUUCACCGAGCACGAUCAUGGUGUUUGUGCAAAUUGCGCCUUGCACAAACGUGGCUUCAUUUGCACAAUUGUUUUAGAAUUAUACAAAGUCGAGGUAACAACAAUUGCACGCACUAUGCCGAGAUAAAGAGCGAAUCUCUGAGGGACCAGCAGUUCCAGGCGGCGAAAGUUUUGGAGACUAGCCAGGUGGUGAAAAUCGCGAUCGAGAAUCAGGCCGAUUCGCCGGAAGGUGAGACGUACGAGCAGGUCUGCCAGUCUUCCCCCCGAGCACUGCCGCAAGCCAACAGCAGCUUUCUGUGGAGCAGUCACCGGGCCAAGACUUUUCCAAGUGACAAGCACUCGCGCGAGCAGACGCCUGACAUUCGCGCUAGCUUGCAGGAAAACGACGAGGACGCCGACAGCGAAGAAUACGACGAUGUCGGCCCGUCAAACUUCGUCGCUCAAGCGGAAUUGAACUAUGAUGACGUGGGUCCGCCGACAAAUCAGGAGGACAAGGAGCUCGCCGUCCUCAUCGAGGAUUGCGAAGAGAUCUACGACGAUGUAAUGCCACCCGCUUUCCAGCAAAACGAUUCCGCCGUCAUCGAGUGUGAUUACCCGAUUCCCAAGACUGUCGAGAAGGUGUCGAGCAAGGAGCCGCUCGUGAAGCUGCGAGCGACUUCGAAGGGUCACGCGGAGGCGUCGCGCCUCGCUCCGAGCGACGAUCGGUAUUUUACUGCGGACAAUGAAUAUUCCAACGUGGACGAGGCUCAUCUGGGAGAGGAAGAGCGGGACGAGCUGGGUGUGUAUGACGACGUCGGUCUGCCGGAGCCGGCUGAGGAGCGUGUCAAUAGCCUUUACGCCGGCUCCACGCCAGGCUAUAUCUUCGGAUUGACCUCGAUGAACGGCAAGGAAUCCGAGUGGGAGGACGUGGAAGAGGUCUCGAGUGUCUUACGUCCUUAUGAGAAGAAUGAUCCAUGUGAAAAAGGGAACGAAGGGCAAGCCGCCGUAUCGGGCAAGAAGAAGUUCACUCAACGAUGGUCACGAAAGACUCGGAAACAGCGAUCCAGAAGGUCUCGCAGAAGCAUUAAGGCUACGACACGGACAACCCUCGGCACCGUGAUUGCCGUGGCCGUUAGUCUCGGAGGUGGAUCGAUACUUCUCAUCGGCGAGCCCAAUCGAAUCGCCGAAGAAUGGCAAUCGGCGAACCGCAACGAGGAGGAUUCGCCAUGCAGGACUCAGGGCCUGGUGCAGUUGCGCGUCGUAAAUCUCGACGAGGAUGUGGACACACAAGAAACGUCAUGUUACGUGCACGAAGACAACACUUCCGAUGAUAGUACGUACGAGAGUCUGUACUCCUGCCAGCAGGAUGACUUUAGUUCCGACUCGGAAGGAACGAGCGAUAAACGACAACAUUCACGACGUCACGCGAGUGAUGGCAAUUGCGUGAUUAAUACUUAUUUGGAAUGCCCUACAAGACCGAAUCCACCACCCCCGCGAGAAGCCAGUUUGACUCAGUCUCUCGGCAGAAGGGUAAAAAUGUUACGCAGAACUUGGAGCAUCACGAAAGGCAGCCUCGGCAGGAUUAGGAGAAGAACAUCCGUGGAAGAUUGCUUCGACGAGAAGGAGCAGUCAGAGCAUCACCAUCAUCAUGUCGAUAUCGGAAAGUACUUCAACUUCCGCAAACAUUUUAAGAAAAAUAUCGCCAGUCCAUCUACCUUUUAUCUUGAUGAGAAUGAAAAAAAUAACGUUUGUGGCGCGAACGAUAAUAAUAACGGGAUCGCCAAGGAGGCAAUUUACACCAACAGCCAGUACAUGGGUAGCGGCAGCGACGACUCUUCGAGAUCUCUCGCUACCAAUAUCGAUCAUUAUAGCGUACUCGCCGAUCAGGAGCCUCUGUACCAGUUUUAUGCAGCUGCGGUGGCUCGUGUCGCUUUCGAAUCGGAUUCUGAAGGCUAUGAAGAGGUAGAAAAUAUUAUGUGGAAAAAAAGUCCUGCUACAGCAGAUUUAGCUAGAUCGGGACAGAGGAUGCUAUGGUGUCAUACUCCGCAAGUGAUACACAGUGGUCUCUUAGAGAGGCUGACAUCAGAGGAGAAGAAGAUACAGGAAGCGAAGUUUGAAAUCCUGACCUCCGAGGCGUCAUACUUAAAUUCCCUGCGAGUCCUAGAGAAUGAGUUCCUCAACAAUCACGCGCUAAUACAUGAAAUCCUUAUGCCAAUUGAGGUAAAAAAAUUAUUUGGCGGAGUGACGAGUGUGUUGUCGGCGUCGCAAACGUUUCUGGCCGAACUGGAGGCCGUGUGGAGAGAGGACCCAAUGUUACCGGGCCUGUCGGAUGUCUUGCUAAAGCACGCUGAGAAAUAUCAGACCACUUAUGUAACCUACUGCUCGAAUCAAGUCAGCAUAGACACUACUUUGAAAGAUCUCAAAGCUCGUAAAGGCGCAAAGUUCUUGGAAGCAGUCAAACGUGUAGAGAUGCGACCAGCGUGCCAAAACUUAUCUCUGCAUUCUUUCCUGAUGCUGCCAAUGCAACGUGUUACAAGACUACCUUUAUUAGCCGACGCGGUUCUUUCCAAAUUAUCGAUAGAAAGUUUGGAUAGAGCGUGCUGGGAACAAGUUUUAUCGAGUCUAGGCAACGUCGUUGCCGAAUGUAACGAAGGUGCUCGGACCGCUACCCAAGAGGCAGAAAUGGAAGCCUUAGCAAGGAAAUUGGAAUACUGUGCAAAAAUUAAACCGAUCGUUCUGCGAGGUAAACAAUUAGUUAGAAAAGGAUCGGUCGUGCAAUUAUCAACGAAAACGGACACCGAGUACAAGCUCACAUUUGGAAAAAAAUUCAAUAAGACACCACUCUACCUUUUGCUAUUCACUGAUUAUCUUCUAGUCACGAAAUUGAAAUCCAACACUCAAGACGAGUCGUACACUGUCAUAGAUGCAUGCAAGAGGAAUCUCUUAGCUCUGGAAUCAGCUUCCGAGGAGUCGCCAUUCGCAGGACGAAACGCCAUGAUUUUAACUCUCUUGGAGAACCAUUCCGGCCGGCACGUAGAGUACGUAUUGACGUGUGGAAAUAAUACUGAACGAGAACGGUGGCUGGAAGCGGCGUCACCACCUAAACGUGGAUUAGUUGGAGAAACGUUAUACGAAUCCUGGGAUUGUCCGCAAAUGAUAGCCAUUUAUCCAUAUUCAUCAAAUCAACCGGACGAGCUAUCAUUACAACCAGGUGAUGUGAUAAACGUGUUGAGGAAAAUGGCAGACGGCUGGUAUCACGGUGAGAAAUUAGUAGGCGGCGCACAAGGAUGGUAUCCGGCAAAUUAUACGAAGGAGAUCGCAUCGGAACACAUACGCGCGCGGAACUUGAAGCAACGACACCGUCUUUUAACACUCAGCAGUAGUGUAAUACAGCAGAGAAUGGCGAAACACAAUCAAGUGACUCAUUGAUGAAGUUGGAGUAUUACGGGAGCAUAGGUUGCUCGGACAAUUGUGAUCAUCGUUAAGUUACUUAUUUAUAUGCGAUCGAUUCCCGCGCUAUAUUGCAGUAUUUCAUAGUCGAUUAAAUUAUGUGCCAAUAUAAUGUUAUUCGUCGCCAAAGUGGAGCAAUUUUUUAACAUUUUUAUGGGAAACUUACGGAACUAUGGAAAGUUGACACGACAGAAAAUAUAUUACAAUAUGUCACCUGUGUAUUACAUAUACAAGUACACGAAGAAAGGGAGGAGAGGAUAUAACAAAAGUAUGUUUCUGUUUAUUAUUUUUAUAUAUAUAAAUACAAUAUAAAUGUUAUUUCAUGUAUUUUUAAAUAUUCAUAAUCACGUCCAUUUUUAAAUAUCUCAUCGGCUUAUAUUCACAUAUACAGGAUAUAUUCAAAGUAAAGUGAAAACUAGUACAGAUUAUGAUUGCCUAAUAAUUGAUCGAUGGAUGUAGCUUCCACAGAUGUGAAGUAUGAGGCAGUCUUGUAUUGUGGUAUGCAAGUUGACUCGGUGUGGAACGCGAUUUGACUCGAAAAUAUACACAUAACAUAAACAUAAUAAAAGAAGACGAUACCCGGAAUUACUGUAAAAGAUACCCGGAUUUAAAGUUCUCCAUAAAAAUUAUUAAAAAUGUUUUUUUAAAAC